ACUUCCUCUGCUCGCACCUCUCCAUUCUCCACUCUCCAGAGUCCAGUCAUGGCCCUUGCCGCCGCCGCCGCCGCGGCCGUCUCCUUCCAGCCCUUCCUCUCCCGUCCCGCCUGCGUUCUCCUCCGCUGCGGCCACCGCCGCCUCCCUCCCCUCCUCCUCCGCGCCUCCUCCACUUCGACCUCCAGCGCCCCAGACUUCAACAUCACCUUUGCGGAGCCCGCCCCGUCGAAGCCCUCAUCCACCGACCCGUCCGUGGAGGCGGUGGUGCCGUGGAUCAUCCGGGGGGAGGAUGGGAAGCCCUCCAUGCGCACCUCGCCGCCACCGGACGUCCUCCAGGCCAUUGCGCUGGCGGAGGCGGAGGCCAAGAAGGCCAAGAAGGACCCCCGCAAGAGCCAGAAGGGUGCCCUUGCCAUCCCUGCCUCCAAUGUCAAGGUAAAGGAGAAGAAGGCCGCCCCUGCGGCGCCGCCCAAGUUCUCCAAGGCGGCCAGGAGAUUCUACAAUGAGAAUAUCAGGGAGCGCGAGCCGCAGAGGCUCGCCAAGGUCCUUGCCGCGGCAGGAGUGGCCUCGCGAAGGACCAGCGAAGAGCUUAUCUUCCAAGGGAAGGUGACUGUCAAUGGUUCGGUCUGCACUUCUCCCCAGACCAAGGUUGACAUCUCAAAGGAUUCUAUCUAUGUCAAUGGAAACCGCAUUUCCAAGAAGCUUCCUCCGAAGUUGUAUUUUGCUGUUAACAAGCCAAAAGGGUAUAUUUGCUCAUGUGGUGAACCAAAGUCUGUUAUCUCCUUGUUUGAUGACUAUUUGAAGGGCUGGAACAAGAUUCAGCCAGGAGUACCCAAACCACGCUUUUUUACUGUGGGCCGACUUGAUGUUGCUACAAGUGGUUUGAUAAUAGUUACAAAUGAUGGUAAUUUCAUCAUAUUUGGUAGUAAAUAUCUGGGAAUCAAUAUUUUGACCAUCCAAAACAUAAAGUUAAUGUCUCUUUCAGGUGAGUUUGCCCAGAAACUUGCACACCCUUCUUCAAAUAUAACAAAGGAAUAUGUGGUAACUAUAGAUGGAGCAGUGCACCGGAAUCAUCUCAUAGCUAUCAGUGAAGGCACAAAAAUUGAUGGAGUCAAGUGUGUACCUGAUCUAGUGGAACCAUUGGAUGUACAGACAAAUACAAAAAGGACCCGACUCAGAAUAGUGGUUCAUGAAGGAAGAAAUCAUGAAGUUCGUGAACUUGUGCAGAAUGCAGGCCUAGAGGUUUACGCCUUGAAACGUGUUCGGAUAGGCAGGUUCAGGCUUCCGGCAGAUCUUGGAAUUGGGAAGUUUAUUGAGCUUAAACAAGCUGACAUCAAGUCACUAGAAGGCAACAAGUAGAGUGAAGACCUGCAUUAACAGGUGCAUUUAUCGACCGUCAUGUGGAUCAGUACAGCUCCAUCGAAGGAUAAAAUUGUUCCUUUUCAAGUCAAGGUGUGAGAUAUUCCACUCCAAUGCGUAGACGUAAAUAGGUGCGGAUGGCCAAGAUAGGCAAACAUACUUUUACCUUGAAGAACACUCAAGCUGCUUUGAAGAGUUUCCAUUAUCCGACAAGACAGUAGUAUUUGGUGGAGAUGAGAUAUUGUCAGGCUGCAGAGAUUUAGUGAUAGAGGUUACACUUUCUCUAAUCAGAUUUUUCGUUACAAAUGUAAAUACUCUUAUAAGAGGUAUAACUACAAACGAACCAUUUGUAGCACGGUUCGAUUCUGAUCAACAAGCAUAUUUGGCCAUAAAUCUCUUGUAACCUGUGUUAUGAGCAUGGAAUUAUCUAUGUAGUAGUGCUGUUACGGCCAUGUCCCAAUAAUUCAUAGCAGAAAAUCCUUAUCCUAAUACUAGCUGGAAUAUA